AUGGAGUCCAACGGGAUACUCAUCUUACUCGUGAUAACGGGGCUUAAGGAGAUCCUAAGCCAGUGCACUAGCUCUCCUUACAGAUCGUUUAAUGGAACCUGCAACAACAUACAAAAUCCAACAUGGGGAACGGUGAAUACGCCGUUCUCCCGCCUUAUACCCGCGAACUACGGCGAUGGAAAAUCGAGCCCUCCAGUAGCGAAGGACGGCACUGACCUCCCGAAUGCCCGACUACUUUCAGUCGAAGUGUUCGAAGAGGACGUACAACACUCUCCAGAUUUCACUCUGGUGAAUAUGCAGUUUGGACAGAUUGUGGCCCACGACAUGGCUCUAAUCCGCGGUAAACCUAAUAAUGAUACAAGCCCCUGCUGCGCAAACGGGCGAUUACAACCAAACCCUGGAUACAGAUGUAUGGCCAUACCAGUGUCAGACCGGGAUCCUGUUUUCUCUGCUCGUGAAAUAGAGUGUUUAAAUAUGAUCCGAUCGAUAAAUACCUGCGAUUUAAAUCCUGACUGUACACAGGCUGAACAGAUUAACUCCGUUACCUCGUUCCUGGACCUAUCCGUAGUGUACGGUAACAGUGCUAAUGAAAGCAUUCAGCUUCGAUCGCUAGAUUCGGGGCUAUUAAAAGUUGAACAACGCGUUGGACAGGAAUGGCCACCGAGGCAUCCAAGUGCAUCCACCACUUGUAGCCUGCGAACUCCGAAUGAAGCAUGUUAUCUUACUGGCGACGGUCGAGCUAACCAAAGCCCACACCUGGCCAUGUUGCAGGUGACUUUUGUGAGAGAGCACAACCGCAUUGCAAGAAGAUUGAAGACGCUCAAUCCAACUUGGGAUGAUGAGAAAUUGUUCCAAGUAGCUAGGCGCAUCAACAUUGCUCAAUAUCAACAUAUCGUGUACUAUGAAUGGCUUCCAGGUCUACUUGGCCAAAACUACAUGUUGAAUGUUGGACUCCAAUACCAGACGACUGGUUUCAGCAACGAUUACAAUCCCAAUGUUAAUCCAUCGGUCAUUAAUUCUCAUACAACGGCCGCAUUCCGAUUUUUCCACUCGUCCAUUCAAGGCAUUUUGAAAUUCUACGAGGAAAGUCGAAAAUCGUUGACAAAGGUUGACAUUAACGACCACACGAAUAACCCCACAAUCUUGGAGCAAACAUCGGAUCGGUACCCCGAUCUCUUGCGCGGAAUGACCACACAACCGAUGGGAUUGAACGACAUCAGCUUAGACCCUGCUACCAAGCAUUUCCUCUUUAGAUUCAACAAUAUGUUUGGCAUAGAUCUAAAGGCACUCGAUAUACAGCGUGGACGCGAUCAUGGUCUACCAGGGUACAAUGAUUUCGCAAAUUACUGUUACAAAACACGCGCCACAAAUUGGGAUGAUUUCAAGCUGUCGCUGCUUCCCGGUGCGGCACAGCUUCUCAGCAUUUAUUACAAUUCUGUUGAUGAUCUUGAUCUAUCGGUGGGCCUGGCAUUCGAAAAGAAGAUCGAUGGAACCCAAACUGGACAGGUCAUGAGAUGUAUUUUGACCGAACAAUUCUUACGCACACGUAGGGGAGAUCGUUACUUCUACGAAAAUGGACAAGCGGCUGUCGGAUUUACGACCGUGCAGCUGCGGGAGAUUCGUAAAGCAAAUAUUGCCCGAAUUUUGUGUGACACUUCGGCAGAUGUGCAGCAGAUGCAAUCCGCGGCAUUCCUGUUACCGUCCAGAACGAAUCAAAUUGGCCCGUGUAGUGCACUUCCCACACCAGAUCUCAAGAUUUUCACAUAA